CGUGGGGCGGGGAAGCAGAGAUGUCAGCAGUCUCUCUAGCAGAAGAGAAUCUCGAGAGAGAGCAGAGCGGAUCGGAGAACUGAAGCGGGACAGGAUUCAGAAUCCAGGAGGGAAAGUAGCGAGGGAUACUGGGGACAGAGGGGAGGAGCUGGAGAGGCCCGCAGAGGGGAGAGGCUGAAGCCGGGGGCGGGCCGAGAGACUCUAGACCUUUCGGGCUUCGCGGUGGCGCUUCGCGUAGCCAAGUCCGCGGAUGCCUGCGCCCUUCCCGCCCUGAGACCCACGAGCGCUUCCCUCAGUCUGCAGCACCGCACCCAGUUCGGGGCCACUGGGGGCGUGGCCCGACGGCGGGUCUCACCAGAACAGCCCGGGCGGCUGAGACCCCACUCCUAAAUCAGCAGCUAGACAGGGACCCCAAGCGAACUCGAGAGUUCCAUGCAAACUAGAACUAAUCCGGAAGAGGGUACUCCAGAAACCCCCUCCCCCCUUGUUUUGUGGAGCUGAAGCAGUGCUGCUAAGGGGUGUGGCUGUUCCUACCCCUGAGUGUGGAGUCCAUCCUGGCCACCUUCCACAGGAAACCUGCCCUGAGGGACUGACAGGAAGGAAACAGGCAGACUGUCGGUCACCAGUGUCAGCUCAGAAUUGACUGGUCCCUCCAGCAGGACAGUUCUAUGUUCAGGGAGCCAGAUCCACCAGUUAACUCAGACAGUGGUGCAGGCCAGCAGCCAGUAGAGGGCGAUGAGGACACCUCUGUUCAGGCUCCUCCAGGAUCGAGCUUGGGCCCACCUUGCCUGGAUACCAACCAAGCCUCAAGCUGGCCUCAGUUUCGGACCCUCCUGCAGCAGUUUCCUCCACAGGACAGUGACGAGCGCUACUGUCUGGCCCUAGGGGAGGAGGAACUGACCCAACUGCGGCUCUUCUGUGCCCAGCGGAAGCAGAAAUCCAUGGGACAGGGGGUGGCCCGCUUGUUACCUCCCAAACUUGAAGGAUACACCUGUGAGAAGUGCAAGAAGCUGCUGAAUCCAGGAGAGUACGGAGUGUUUGCGGCCAGGGCUGGUGAGCGGUGCUGUUGGCACAGAUCCUGUUUUACUUGCCAGGCCUGUGGGCAGGCCCUGAUAAACCUCAUCUACUUUUACCACGAUGGGCAUCUCUACUGUGGCCGCCAUCACGCAGAGCUACUGCGACCUCGAUGUCCCGCUUGUGACCAGCUGAUCUUCUCUCAGAGCUGUACCGAGGCAGAAGGACAGCGCUGGCACGAGAACCACUUCUGCUGCCAAGACUGCGCCGGGCCUCUGGGUGCAGGACGUUAUGCCCUGCCCGGGGGCAGCCCCUGCUGCCCCAGCUGCUUCGGGAGCCGCUACCGGAGUGCAGAUUCUAGCUCAGUAGAGGCACUGGAAGGGCUAGCGUCCCUUGGGGAAACAGAACCCGAUCCAAGCGUCGGCUGGAACGGUGCCUCCUCGGAUGACAAGAUCACCUCCCAAGUUACACUUCCCUCUACAGUAGCCAGCUCCACUCUGGAAACCCCGAGUGGGGCGUUCAAAGGGCAGGGCCGAGAGCGCCCUAAGACUCCCGGAAACGCCCAAGAGCACAGCCCCUGCCCCACCUGCUCCUCUUCCUCUGAGUCGGAACCCGAAGGCUUUUUCUUGGGCCAGCGCCUUCCAGGUCCCUGGAAGUCCUCCCCAAACCUCCAGACAGAUGACAGAGACAUCUCCAGGAAGCACUGCACCAUUUGUUAGUGGGGCAGCCCGGAGAGCAGAGUAGUGAGAUGGGGGAACCUAUGAAACAGGAUAACAAAGACUGCAGUGUAAAGAACCCGAGACUGAUGGCAGGCAGACACGCGGGACAGUCCCAUCCACACUGCACGUUCUCUAACCUGUAGAAAAGUUUCUUGGGGAAACACCACUGCCCAGAGCUUCCUGGGUGAGCUAGCCCCUAUCCCCAAGGGCUGAGUUUAGCCCCACCGUCAGCACCUUGCUUAAACUAAUGGAAUGGUGGCGCUACACGGGUAACACGCCCUAGGCACCGGGAGGUGGGGCAGCGAGCAC